UCACACCGCAUCACAUGUUGACGCCGCCAGAUCCAAUGUAUGCCGCUCGCAGUCACUCAUACCAGUGGCUGUGGAAAAAAAAUACUGGAAUGGCGACCGAAAGUACGGGCCGAGCUAGAGAUCGAUAAAUUCUCAUGUGAUGUUGUAGACCAGACGAACGAGUAUUAAUAGCAACCGGCCUAAAACGUAGACGGACCUCCAGUCAAGGCAACCAUGGCACACUUUGGAAAUUUAGAGCGUUUUGAUGUUUUUCCAGUCAUGGAAUUAGGCAAUAAAAACACGUCUCGGGGACUUUAAAUGCAACUCUUUUCGUCUGGUUUAUGACUGCCGGUUUUUAACGAACGUGGUUAUGUGGACUCGUACUAGAUUUAGGUCGUGCAGAAUUAACGCAAGCUGAGUAGUAAAACGCGAUUAGUCAGCUAGUUUCGUUGUGUAUUAUAGAUUUUAAUCCGUGUUUACGCUUUUUUAAGUCAUAACAGUAAUGGUAUUUUUUUAUGUCUAAGUUUUUAACGUCGGAAUUUUUUUAGUUAAGCUUUUUUUACGGGACAACAUCUAUAAAACAAUGAAGUCUCUAGCUCCGGGCAUCAAACUCAUUACCUCUUUUUCAAGAGACAGCUGGUACAGAUUCUCCAUCCUGUUCCUCACAUUUGUGUUCUACACCAGCUACCAUCUCUCUCGAAAGCCUAUCAGUAUUGUCAAGAGCCAGCUGCAUAGAAACUGCUCAAAUGUUGUUCAUCCAGCAAAUCUUAACAUCACUGACAAUGAUACCUGGUGCGAUUGGGUUCCUUUUGAUGGCAAAAAUUAUCAGAACCUGUUUGGAGUGCUGGACAACUGCUUUCUGGUUGCGUAUGCUGUUGGCAUGUUCUUUAGUGGGAUAUUCGGAGAGCGGUUGCCCCUGCGCUACUACCUAAGCACAGGGAUGCUUCUCAGCGGCCUUUUCACUGCUCUGUUUGGCUUGGGUUUUUACUGGCAGAUCCAUUCUUUGUGGUAUUACUGCUUAGUUCAGGCAUUAAAUGGGCUGGUUCAGACUACAGGCUGGCCGGCAGUGGUGGCUUGUGUUGGGAACUGGUUUGGGAAGGGAAAGCGUGGGUUUAUCAUGGGAGUCUGGAAUUCACACACUUCAGUAGGAAACAUUCUGGGCUCUCUUAUUGCUGGAGUCUAUGUGUCAUCUGCCUGGGGUCUGUCCUUUAUCGUGCCUGGUAUCAUUAUUGCUUCCACUGGAGUCAUCUGCUUUUUGUUCCUGGUUGAAAGACCCGAAGAUGUAAACUGUACUGCGCCACAACACCAUGAGAGAGUGGAGGAGGAGCCUCUGUUGAGGAAUUCAUCCACUAAUGAGGAGAUCUUCAACAGUCACACAUCUACAGCAGUGGAGCCUGUGGAGGAUCACAGUGAAGCCAUCAGCUUCUGCGGAGCGCUCAGGAUUCCUGGUGUGGUGGAGUUCUCGUUCUGUUUGCUUUUUGCCAAGUUGGUCAGCUACACUUUCCUCUACUGGCUUCCUCUGUACAUCGCUAAUGUUGCUCAUUUUGAUCCUAAAAAAGCUGGGGAUCUAUCUACAUUGUUUGACGUUGGAGGAAUUUUGGGUGGCAUCGUAGCUGGAUUAGUAUCUGACUAUACUGGAGGCAGAGCCAGUACUUGCUGUGCCAUGUUGAUCAUUGCUGCUCCUAUGCUGUUCCUGUACAAUAAGAUUGGCCAGAAUGGCUUGCCAACCACAGUUGGCAUGUUGCUGUGGUGUGGUGCUCUCGUGAAUGGACCUUACGCCCUCAUCACCACUGCUGUAUCUGCUGACCUAGGAACCCACGAGAGUCUGAGAGGUAACUCCAGAGCUCUGUCCACUGUGACCGCCAUUAUUGAUGGCACUGGAUCAAUAGGUGCCGCUGUAGGACCUCUGUUGGCUGGUCUGAUCUCUCCCACUGGCUGGAACAACGUCUUCUACAUGCUCAUUGCUGCUGAUGUACUGGCCUGUCUGCUGCUGUCCAGACUGGUCUAUAAGGAGAUCAGAGGAUGGUGCGGAUACACUACAAGGCAGAGAGGGUGAACAUUCAUAACUCACUCCUGUUCAUUGCAUUUAUUAGCAUGUGUUCAAAGAGAUCUGAGGAACAAGAGAAUAUCACACCUGUGAUGGAAAAUUACCUGCAGCGUAACGACAAAAAGGGACCAAGGAUUGAUCCAACACACCAAGCCUUUUUAUGCCCCAGGGUUAUUUUAUAUGAAAAUUGUAACAUGACACUUUCAUCCUUUUUAUACUGACAAUAGAACAAAGCUGUGCACCAGGCGACACACACACACACACACACACACACACACACACACAGCGCAGCACGAUCACUGAGCGCCUUUAUUUUCAUACAGGAUGUUUCUAAUGGCUGCAUCUUAAUACAAAUAUACCUUUUUUCUGGUAUUAAAAUAUGCCAUCAGUGCUUUGUCCUUUCA